AUGUCACCACGUCUUAAAAUAUCAAGUUAUGUUAUUGAGAGGUUGUCUAAAAUCGACACAACAGAGAGUACAGGAUGUUUGUAUGGGCUGAUGUACGAUGGUACACUUCUAGUUGUCGGGUUCAGUUUAGAAUCGUUUGAAACAGAAACCGAAAAAAACAGCUACAGCCAACUGUUACUUAAUUUCCCCGCCGAGAUAGAACUUUGCGGCGUCGUGAAGUUUGGGGAAACCUUAACCACUGAUUCAACAACAAAAGAGAUCUUACAGGAUGUAGAUAUUACAGAUAACCCAUUAAUUAUAAUAAUAAAUCGUGAGAAGGAUAUGAAAGCUCACUUUAUUGUUCAUGAUAAAUUUGAAGAAACGAAAUAUGAGGUUUUCAGUCCUGAAGAGUUGUGGAAACAGUUUCUUCAUGUACGUUUGAACACUGUGCUACCCCUGCGAUGUGAAGCUACCAUUGCUGGAGUUAAAAAUUCACUGCAAAAUAAGAGGAAAAAGAUUGCUUCAGGUCAAGUGUCAUUUCAUAUAGACAGUACACAAGUAUAUUUGUUUGGAGUAGCGUCAGAUGUGGGCUUGACUGGAACAAGCACAGAAGCUACUGUUGGGGAACUUGUUGAUUCAAUGAGUCCUGAACAGCCAUCGAAGAAAAAAAAAUACAAUAUCAAUAAUGCAGAAAUAUUACCAGUGAGUUUAAUACUAAAAGUGACAAAAGAUAUCUUGUCUGAUAAAUUAGUUAAAACAGCAGUAAAAAUGAUGACAACACAAAGAAAACCUGCUUUUUACAUCAGUAUGCCUCUCCGAAUAGACACCCUGGCUAUGAUCCACCGAAAUACUAAAUUGCUUGAUCUUUAUAUUGUGUUAGUUGAAGCAGCGUGCAGGUCACUGAGGUUGAUGGAGAGUGUGUUGAUAGAACAACUUGGUCAAGAAGGUAUUGGUGAUGGAGGAGGUCUAAGGCUACCUGAAACAUUUCAUUAUCUACCACCAGAAAUAGGCCAUUUUAUUACCAAACUAAUACCUAAGGGGAAAUCUGAAGAUUGUAUGGAGAAAGAGAGGCGCACUCUCCACGAACAAUUGGGACUGCCACUGCACAGGCCUGUGUUCCGUCGAGGUAACGCGUUCAUAGAUAAAAGUGGAGGAUACUUAGUGAAUCCACACGAAGCCAUGCCGGUACAAGCUCCGAAACCUGACGUUACUGUGGCAUUAGUCAGAGGACGAUACGCAUAUCAUCAUUACAUGCAAGACAACUUCAAUGAUGAUGGAUGGGGUUGUGCUUAUCGCUCAAUGCAAACAAUUUUCUCUUGGUUUAGAUAUCAAGGUUACACUGAUGUUGAAGUACCCACCCAUAAAGAAAUUCAACAGUGCCUUGUCAAGAUUGGAGAUAAACAGUCAACAUUCAUUGGUUCAAAACAAUGGAUUGGAUCUACAGAAGUCAUGUUUUGUUUGGAAACUCUACUGGGUGUCCAAUCAAGGAUAAUUUUUGCAAAUACUGGGACUGAAUUACAAAGUUAUGCCCCAGAAUUAGUCCAUCAUUUUCAAACUCACGGUAGCCCCAUAAUGAUUGGUGGUGGUGUACUGGCACAUACUAUACUAGGGAUUGAAUACAACUCUAUUACUAACGAAACAAGAUAUCUCAUCUUAGACCCUCACUAUACUGGAGCUGAAGAUAUCACAACUGUUAUUAAUAAAGGAUGGUGCGGUUGGAAGAGUUCAGAUUUUUGGAAUAAAACUGCUCAUUAUAAUCUUUGUUUGCCACAAACAAGGCCAGCUAUUUGAAUGGUCUUAUUCUUUGUGUUCAGUGUGUAAUCUGUUUUUCUUUUCAAUUUACUGCCAGUUCACUCUGAAAUGUUAAGCUUUCAAUAUUUCAUUAGGUUAUUUAUCGCUCAUUAAAAUGUACUGUGAUAAUAAAAAAUUGGCUCUGUAGCCUUAUAAUUCCGUUCGCUUGCAUUUUGUUUAUUGUACAUUCUACUUGUGAUUGCCUGUUUGACUACCUACAUAAAAAGUUCAUUUGAAGAUAAUAACCUAUCAGUUAUUGUAUUUGAGAAUCCAAAAUAAUUUUAAUAAAAAUCUAUAUGCAAAAAAAUAUACACUGCAGUGCUACAUUACACAAGAAACACAUUUUCCUUUGCAAGAACUGUAAGGGGCAUUUAUAUUUUUGGGAUGAGAACCAUUGUCUACAUAAUCAAAUAUUACGUUGUCAUUGUAAAACUCUUCAUGAUAAUAAUUGUUUGCUUAUUUAGUCAUUUAAAGAAUAUUUGAUUGUUGUCACAUCAAUAUUAAAAAGAUUUAAGAUAAAAGGAAAUGUUAUAUUUUGUACCAAUUAUUAAAUUAUAAACAUAAA